CAGUCAAUAAAUGCUUUCUUUUCUUGAUUGAUUGGCAGUGUUUAGACAUGGAUGAACAUUACACUCAGAUUUCCAACCAGUUCGAUUAUUUAUACGAGCCGUUCCACAAGGGAAACGCGUCGAUUAUAAUCAACAGGCUGAAACUAAAGCAAAAUGAUCUGCUACUCGACAUUGGUGGUGCAACUGGCGGACAAGCUCAAGUAUUACGAAAGCAAGCCAGAUUGAAGAAUCCUGUUACGAUCCUUGAACCUUGCAAAGCAUUGGCUGAUAUCGCAAGCACAGUUAAUGGAGUGAUCUCUAAACAAGAGACGGUAGAACAGUUCUAUGGUCAUUAUGAAGCUGAAGUGAUGAAGGGGGAGUCGAAAAUGAUACCAUUCAACAAGAUCCUAAGUGUUAUGUCCAUUCAUCAUUUUUCUGACAAAUUAAAAAGUCUUGACCAGAUCAUCACUUGCCUGCCACCGAAUGGAGUUCUCCUAGUACUAAAGCCACCGUGUUCUGGAUUAGAUUUGCCGUUUUCGAAGUUUCAUCUACAAUACAACAGGCAGUUACCAGAGAUGUUUGACUACAUCAUUCCAUACCUCAAAAACCGCGAUGACGCAUUUACAGAGGUGAGCAAUGAGGUGUCUACAUUCCAGAUCGCCAAGAGUAGGUGGUACUCUAUGAUUCGUGGACGUUUCUGGUCGUUCCUGCACCGAUUUUCUGACGAUGAGAUUGAAGAAAGCAUUCAAGAACUGGAAGAUGAGAGAUUUUCAGGAGUAAAAGAGGAUGAGAAUAUCACGGUCAUUGAUAAAUAUAUAGCCUUGACUGUAACAAAAAAAUAGCCCUGCCAACCAUCAGCACAUUUCAGAAUCGAGAAAAUUUGCAAAACUGAGGUGACAUUUUUCCUCUUGAAAUUGUAAGAGUCUGGAUUUGCAGGCUACCAAUUAACUAAAUGAAAAUUACGUUGCUAAUAAUCGCUUGAUAAAGUACCUUGGUACUAUAACUAAUGAGUUAUAUAUUUUUAUUCCAAUGGUGGACAUCUUAGUAAUAGUGGCCUUUAUUUCUAAAUGGCGAACAUGUUUUUAUUUGUUCGCUGGUUUUUACUGCGCAAGCUCUAUGACGCCUCAGUUUUGCAGUGACGUCUUUUCUACGUUAUUAUUUCAAAGCCACUGAAAUCUCAGUACUCUUUUUUCUUUCUGUGCACGUUUUCGUUUUAAGAAGGCUGGAAAGUUUUUUUUUUUUUUUUUGGCAUUCACAUACACUCACAAUUAUGAACUAAAGAAAUAUCAAUAUGGCUAUAAUAUGAAGGCCGGUUUACAAUGGAUGCUGAUGAGAAAUCUUUUGUUAAUUAAGUGGCACCAUGCAAAAUAAAACUCAUAUUUUACAACAACCACUCCCCAUGCGGGGCUUUUCCGUGUGAUGCUCUCUCUACAAGCACUACCAUACAUCCUAUAUUUACAACAUACAACACUCAACUCACAUGUUGCUUUUUAUGGAGGGAGGAAACCGGAGACCCCGGAGAAAACCCUCGUGGAAAGAGAGAGAACAACAAACAAAAUCAACUCACAUGAUACGAUCCUGAUGAUCCUGAGUCUGAGCGGGGCUCGAACCCGGACCACAGUGGUGAGCUAGAGGCAAGCAGUAAACCAAUACGCCACCCAUGUCACCCAUACGCCAUCCAUGCCACUCAUACGCCAACCAAUGCCACGCAUGGCCGCGAGGGUUGGCAGAACACCUUUCAUUAGGAGUUUAUCCAAAAAAAAAAAAA